UGGAACGUAUUCCAUUAAGUUUGGUUCGCGGAAAAAACCAAACAUUUCGCACAGAAACAUCGAUCUGAUUGUAUUUCGGAAAAAUCGGGUGAAUCCAGCUUAAAUGGCCACAAACAUUAAAGCGGCAUGUGGCCAGCAGCUCUAACACGACUGCUGAAAAGAAGAUUAGCCUAUAUUAUAUUGGUUAUAUUAUUUUUUGUAUAUGUUAUUACAAAAACUUUUAAUAAUAAAAAUUCCCCACAACAUUUCCUGGAAUCCGAUGUGUUUACCGUGGAACGUACUAUUCCUCUAGUAUGGCGUACGGCCGAGGAACACCUACUAUCGCCUGAGCAACUAAAAGAAAAUCCCACAAAUCCUCCCAACAUCGAGUGUCGUAAUUCCAUGCAGGGACGUGAUCUUCUGGUGGAUGAACGUGGCUUUGUUUGUGAUGCUGAUGUUCUGCUCGCCAAUGGUUGUUGUAAUGUCCAACAUCAUUCGACCAAAUAUUAUACCUGUGAAACGUGUAAUCCCAACACUCAGUGUUGUGGUAUCUAUGAACAUUGUGUUUCCUGUUGUUUACAUCCAGAGAAGCGACCGGUGUUGGAGUUAGCAUUGGAACAUAUAAAGGGACGUCAGGCAAUGGUAUAUGCUCAGGUUGCGGAUCAAUAUGAAUUGUGUUUGGUAAAGUGUCGCACUAAUUCACAUUCAGUGGAACAUGAAAAUCGUUAUCGUGAUCCGACACAUCGUUUCUGUUAUGGUCCCACACAGGCUCAUGAAUCACAAAUAGAGGUUUCGGGCAUGGGAUCAUGAUAGAAAAGCGCUGGGGUGUUUAACUUUAGUUUAAUUGUAAAUUUGCCGUGAUAAUUACCUACAAAGGACCUGUUAAAUUUUGGAACAUGGUAUAUUUUGCAAUUUAAUUGUAAACUAUAAACUAACUAUGUCCUUUUAUCCUCGUCCUAGUAGGGUAUUUCAAUAUCAUCUAAAAGUUUAGACCGUAAAUUAUGGAAUGUAUUCCCAACUUCGAAUGAAUAUAUUGUCCGUAUAAAGACUCACUUCACCUGUGUCCCACAUAGAAAAUCGCCUAUUUAUAAGCAAACUAGAGUUAAUACGGAGCAUUUGCAUAAUGACCAUGGUAAACAUGAUUGGAUACCAUUUACUAAAGUGUGUUCCUUUUGCUAGUUUAAUGUUAAUGUAAACAUUUUGGACUGUUCUCGUAAUGAAUAAUUGCCUUUUUUCAGCUGUAUUUUCUUGUAACUAAGAUGUAAUAGAUUUAUUUAAUUUGUACACAGUUUAGGAUAGCAUAGGAUUUUGUAUACGUAAUUAAUUAAUUAAUUAAUAAUACUCAUUUUUGUAAUUCGUAGUUUAACAAGCGGGUGCAGAAAUUAUAAAUAAAUGACAAUUUUGAUACAUAAA